AUGACUUUUGAAAAACACGAAGAUGAAAAUUCUUUGCCUAGAACUACAGUAGAGAAAAUAGCUCAGGAAACAUUACCAACAAAGUGUGCUAUACAGAAGGAAGCUAAAGUUUUGUUAAAAGAUGCAAGUACAACAUUUUUAAUGAACUUAACACUAGAAGCAUUCAAAAUACAAGAAAAAGAUAAGAAAAAGACACUUUCAGCAGAUCAUAUAUGCCAAGCUUUGAGUAAAAUAAACUUUGGUGAGUAUGAAAGUGAAUGUAGACAGUCAUUAGAGGAUUAUAUGGAAUAUUCUAAACUCAAGCCAUCAAAACAAAACAAAUUAAAAGAUAGUGGAUUAUCAUUAGAUGUAUUACAUGAGCAACAGUUAAAAUUAUUUGAAAAGGCAAAAGUGGAGACUAAAGAUGGAUUUAAUCCUAAUGAUCAAGACUUUGAUAGAGAAGAUAUAAAAAUUGAUAAUGUAGAGGAAAUUAUAGAAAAUUCUAAAACUGAUCUAAAAGACAAUCGGUUAUCUUCAAAUGAAAAAGAAUUAGAAUUAUUUGAAAAAUCAAAAGUAGAAACCAAUAAUGAAUUUGAUUCUAUUGAUAAAGAUGUUGGAAUUUGUAUUAAUGAUAUGAAAGAUGUAAAUAAAGAUAAAUAA